AUGGUAGACUUGGUGGUGGAAGGUGCCAUGAAACCAUUACUCAUCGCCUCAAUGGUUUUGCUGGCCAUGAUGGGCUUUGCCUUCUCUUCCACGAAUGCCAGGCCACUGCUUAGCCAGCAAACAUCCCAAUCCCUGAACGGAAUUCCCUUUUACCAUAUACAUGGCCCACCGCCACCGCCUGCCAAGGGUGCCAAUGUUUUUGCUAGCCGGUCUUUAAAGGCUGCCAGUGAUCUUUCUAGCCAGCAACAAUCUUCAAUCCUCAACAGAAUUCCCGUUUACCAUCUAUAUAGCCCACCACCACCAUCUCCCAAGGCUGCCGGUGCUUUUUCUAGACCACCACCACCCCCAAUCCCCAAGGGUGCUAUUUUCUUUGCUAGCCCACCACCACCACCCCGAAUCCCCAAGGGUGCUAUUUUCUUUGCUAGCCCACCACCACCAUCUCCCAAGCCUGUCAAGGCUACCGGUGCUUUUUCUAGACCACCACCACCCCCAAUCCCCAAGGGUGCUAUUUUCUUUGCAAGCCCACCACCACCCCUAAUCCCCAAAGGUGCCAUUUUCUUUGCUAGCCCACCACCACCAUCUCCCAAGCUUGCCAGUACUGGACCCUCUAAAGUCUAA